AUGUACUUUCAAUCUAAAAAAAACAAAAUCGGAUUCAUAAAAUUGCUUAUGAUAAUUGAGUUUGUUUAAAAUAUUGAAUUGUGUUUUCCAUAACAUGGGUGGCAGUAAAUAAAAUAUGAUGAUAAGAUGUUAAACAGCCUCCAAUAGAUAAUCAAUUUUUUAAAUAGAAAUCCUACUGAAUACUAAUUUGAAGUUUUCAUUAUCUCGCUUUCAUUAAUCUAUUUUAUUAUGCUAAUCUUAUCCUUUAAUUUCCAAAAAUCCCACUAUAUUUCUUAAUUGAUCAGCAUUACUUUAAAUAUUUUCUAAAAGAUUUUAGGAUUCCACUUAUUGUUAUUUACCUAUAAUUCAUGACUCAAAACUAAACUAGCGUUUUAUACAUUAUUGUUACUAUUUUAGUUUUUACUUUAUUUUUGAUGUUGUUGGCUUCAACUACAUAUCUUUAGAGAGAUAUAGAAAUUAAUUUUAGUAGGAGUUAUUACCCUCUUAAUUCGUUUACACUCCUUAAUUAAGGAUAAUUUACACCUUAGAUUUAAUAAGAAUUCUUGUAUUCGUUAUUGUGAAUACAUAAACUGGAUUCAUCAUAUUUUCUCUACUGACUAUAAUCACCAAGAUUAUAGUUCUAUAUCAUAAUGUUUUCUAAUAAAAUGAUCCAGAAAAAUUUAAUUAAGGUCUACUUAUAUGCAAUUUAAUAAUUUCAGUUUUUCUAUUAUUAGGAUUAAUUAUAGCUUAAUUUUGA